AUGCGUCGCUUUGCUGCCUCUAAAUUUCUCUCUGCUGCCGUUGCCACUCGAGCGUCAACGACGGUGUUUGUGCGUGAUGCCAUUAAUAAGGCCAUUGAUGAAGAGAUGGAACGCGACAAGUCCGUGUUUGUUCUCGGUGAGGAGGUAGGACAGUACCAGGGCGCGUAUAAAGUAACGAAGGGACUUGUGGAUAAGUACGGCACCACCCGCAUUGUCGACACCCCCAUCACGGAGCACGGCUUUACAGGAAUGGCGGUGGGUGCGGCAAUGAAUGGCCUUCGCCCGGUGUGUGAGUUCAUGACCUUUAACUUUGCCAUGCAGGCCAUUGAUCAGAUUGUGAACUCCGCCGCCAAGGGACUUUACAUGUCUGGUGGUCAACUGCACUGCCCGAUUGUCUUCCGUGGCCCGAACGGCGCCUCUGCGGGUGUCGGUGCCCAACACAGUCAGUGCUACGCGCCGUGGUAUGCGUCUGUGCCGGGGCUGAAGGUGAUGGCGCCGUACAGUGCGGAGGACGCGCGUGGAAUGAUUAAAAGCGCCAUUCGCGACAACAACCCGGUGGUGGUGCUGGAGCACGAACUGCUGUACGGUGAGUCCUUCCCGCUCUCGCCGGAGGCACUGGAUAAAGACUUCCUCAUUCCCUUUGGCCGCGCCAAGGUGGAGCGGGAGGGGAAACAUCUCACCAUGAUCAGUUUCUCCCGCGGCGUGGAGUACUGCCUGAAGGCCGCGGAGGUGUUGGCCCGCGAGGGCGUCGAGGUGGAGGUUCUCAAUCUCCGCUCCCUCCGCCCACUCGACCGCAGCGCCAUUCUCGCCUCCGUCCGCAAGACGGGCCGGGCCAUGACGGUGGAUGAGUCCUUCCCCGUGUGCAAUGUGGGGGCGGAGGUCUGCGCCAUCGUGAUGGAGAGCGACGCCUUUGACUACUUGGAUGCCCCAAUGGAGCGGGUCUCCUGCGCCGACUGCCCAACGCCGUACGCGAAGGAAUUGGAAAUGGCCUCACAGCCACAGGUCUCCGAUGUACUCGCCGUAGCACGGCGUGUCCUCAGUUAG